AUGCCUAGCCCUAGGAAUAGCCCAAAGAGUAGCCGUGAGAGACGGGCCCCAGGCAGCAGACUGGAGUUCCUAUCACUGACAAGUCAGAGGAGCUCAGCACCCCCAGAAAGCCCUUCUCAUCGCAAGGAAUCGACAGCCAGCGCUGGUCCUCCACAGGCUUUACCUGAAGAGGACUGCAUGAAGCUUAAUCCAUCUUUUGUGGGUAUUGCCCUGCGCUCCUUGUUGGCUGUUGAUCUUUGGGCCUCUAAACAGUUGGGGGUAUGUGCUGGAGAGAAUUCCCCUUGGGGCAGUGCUCGUCCUCUGAUGAAGGCUGUAGAGAUUUCAGGACAUGGCAUUCCUUGGUUGGCUGGCACAUUGUAUGGGCUCUGUAGAAGUGCCAGCUCAGCAGGCCGUGAGGUGCUGCUCAACCUGCUCUUUGGUAAGAGCUCCCUUUCUUAUCAAAGCUUUACCUUGUGUGGUCUUUGCUUCCCAUAUUUUUUAUCUGAUAACUGUGGGGAGUAGCCCAGCUGUCAGUGUAUCUGGGAGAACUGGGCGGAGAGAUUUCCCCCAUUCAUUCCAUCUUUCCCUAAAAUGUCAUUUAUGAAAAUGAUGUCCCAUUGCAAUGUUUUCUACAGACACGCUGGAAGCUAUCCCUAUCUGCAUUAGAAAGAUGUAUAUAACUAAAAAAAAUUUGGAGCUAUAAUGAUUGUAUUUGACAUACCAUUUACUAAUAUUUUUACCAUUACUUAUAUUUAUUAUGUCAUAUUUAAAUCUGAGCUUCCACUUCUAGAAAAUCUGGCUUGUGUUUGUAUUUCAGACAGAGCCCUUAUUCAGCCUUAGAGUGCAAGGGCACAAAGAGUGUUGUGGCCAUGACACUUGCCUUCAUCCCAACCUUCCUGUGCUAAGGAGGAAAUUACAUACAAUAUUAACUAUUGUUGCAACACUCCAAAACUUAGUUUGACAUAAAUUGUAUGGAUGUUGAUGCCAUGGUUCUUCAUGAGAUAGGUACAGUAGGCCAAUGGCCAUUUAUGAAAACGGUUUCUCCUGAUUUAGAUGAACCUGUACAGGUCUACCCAAAUGUUUCAUCCCAAACUAUGUUUCGUAUGUCAUCCAAGUGGAACCUGCUGCCAUUGGUUUUCCUAUAGAAGUCUUUUCAGGAACACGAAUAUGCCAGAAACUCCCCGUUUAUGUGCUUUGAAAGCAUGCACAACUGUGCACACAUGCAUUGUCGUGAACCCAGAUGUGAUUUUAAAAAUGACAAAAACAGCUGUAAAAGAGUGCAAGAAGGUUAAAAAAGGCGCGAAAACAGCUCCUAGCAAUCCCACAGGGCAGGGUGGAUUUGAUUUAAAUCAAAUCAAUUUAAAUCACUAGUCAGUAAGACUUGAUUUAAAUCAUUUUUUUACAGAAAGACUCAUUCUUGCUGGUAUAACUUUAAUAUUUACAACCAGAUGAAGGUUUCAUUUUUGGAAUAAUAAAUUUUCAGAGUGGUUUUUACAGUUACUGUAUAUCAAAAAUUACUGAUUUGGUUAUACUAUUAGAAACACAUAGACAGAUAAUUAUGAAAUUAUUGUGAGAUUUAAUAAGUUAACUUUAUAUUUGGACAACGUUUCUGCUGUACUUUACUGGAAGGAGAAAAAUAAUCAUUUCCUUAAUAACAAUUUAAACAAUUUAUUUAACUAAAACAAUAACAUUCUAGCAUAUGUAUCCAUAUUUGUUGAACGGUUUUUUUAAAAAACCACUUAGACUGGGUUUUAGCACACAUGAAAGACUUAAAACAAAUCCUUAUUUCCUGAUGAAUAGCCUUUGGACUACAGUGGUACCUCAGGUUAAGAACUUAAUUUGUUCUGGAGGUCUGUUCUUAACCUGAAACUGUUCUUAACCUGGGGCCUUCUGUUCUUAAUGGGGCCUCCUGCUGCCGCUGCGCCGCCACCGCGUGAUUUCUGUUCUCAUCCUGAAGCAAAGUUCUUAACCCGAGGUACUAUUUCUGGGUUAGCGGAAUCUGUAACCUGAAGCGUCUGUAAUCCAAGGUACCACUGUAUAAUGUAACUUAAAUAGAAAACUAUCUUUAGAAAGAUUUUUCCUCCAAAAGCAUUUUAUUUUAAAAAUCCAAUUGAAAUAAAAAAAAUCCCACGUGGGAGCUGGUGUGGUUCACCCCAGUGAUGGCUAGCCCCAGUGACCUGAACCAUGCCAAUCCCAGUAAGCUAAUGUAGGGCCCCUUGACCCAGUGGCCCCGUCACAGCUGGCAGCCCCGGAACAAGAGCCAAAACCAGGAACCCUUACCGAGGGACACCCCAGACCACAAUGCAUACGCAGGCAACCGGCAUACCUUGAUGACUACAACGGGAACUUAGAGGGGAGGGGUGUUACGUACUAAGCUUGGAUCCUAGAACCAUAGGCAUGUAGGAUCCUAGAAUGAAACAACCUGAUUGGCCUGCAGGAGCAGCCCAAUUAGACCCCAGGAGGAAGUUAAUCAGCCUAUUAGGCUGGUAGGAUAUUAGGAUGCAACAACUCAUUGGCCAGCAGCAGCAGCCCAAUCAGGCUCCAGGAGGGAAAAAUAAUCAGGUGGUGCUCAUUGUGUAAAAAAUGUAUAUAAAGCCUGAGGUUUUUGGAGGAAAUUCAAUCACUGUUCCUAUGAGCUGAAAUAAAGAGCAGGAAAUUACUAUUCAACUAUUUCAAGCAAAUUGGUUUGGAGGGAGUGAUCAACAUGAGUUUGGUGGAAUUUUGGGAGGAGGAGGUUCUGAAGGAAUUUGGGUUGUUUUUUUGAGGGUUAUUUUUAGCCUUUCUUUGAGAUGGCACCUAAACACAUGGCAUUGUAAUCCUCCUUGGGUGAUGGCAAACCCAAGAGGUGGAGGAGAAAUUGGAAGUGCUGGCCUGUUUACGGGAUGGCAUGAGAACGUGUACAAUGGAUGGCAGAGUUCUGGAAUGGUUGUCCUGCAUGUCUCAGGAAUCUUGUGUAGCGCAUGCAUGUCCUCUUUAUGGAGAAUGGUUAUGCUGUUCAUGGUAAAAUACCGUGUACAACAUUGUCACAAUCACCUGCCCUUGAAUGAAGUAACGAUGACAAUUACUUCUAAGAUUAUUUAAAACAUUUGAGAAAACAUUGUACCUUGGUUCUCGAACGGAAUCCGUUCCGGAAAUCCGUUCGACUUCUGAAUAAGUUCGAAAACCAAGGCUUCUGAUUGGCUGCAGGAGCUUCCCACACUCAAUCGGAAGCAGUGGAAUUUGUGUCAGACAUUCGGGUUCCAAAAAACUUUCACAAACCAGAACACUCACUUCCAGGUUUGUGGCGUUUGGGAGCCAAAACGUUUAACUUGCAAGGUGUUCGAGAUCCAAGGUACGACUGUAUUAUGAAUUUUUGACUUUUUUCAUAACUAAGGUGUUCUUUCAUUACUGAUGGCUGUCAUGGAAUACAAUGGCUGUAGGCUAUAUCAUCAGCUAGAGUGGUAACAACAAUUUAAGCAGGGACAUACUGUUUUAAACCAGGCAUGUUACCUCAACAGAGAUAUGAUCAAUCAUUGAUCAGUGUCAGUUAACAGGCUAAAUGUAGAAAAGAGACCAUUCUUCUACUUCCAUGAACAAUUCAAUUUAUACAUGAAAUCUAAAAUAUAAGAUUCCCCCCUGCCCCAUUAUAUACAGAUUUUGGACUGUUUCUUCUGCAGCUUUUCAAUGAUGCUCUCAAAAAUUAUUUGAGUACAUUAUGGAUCUUUUCUGGACUAUUUGAGCCCUUGUGGGCAAAGUAGAACUAUCAAAUUGGAUAGUAGAUAUUUUGGGUUAUUUUUCACAUAAUAAAGACAGGGAACCAACUGAUAAUUUUUUUGCCAACUGAUAAUUUUACUAGGGUUAUAUGGAAAAAUAGGCUACCUCAUGUAUUCACCUGGUAAUGCCCAGAGAUUAGUAUAGGCAUUCUACACAAGUCACUUUGUUUAUUAGGUCCAUGCAGCUCAAGGUUCUCAGAACUCAAAUUAUUUUAGGGUUGGGGAACUAUGACUAGGAAACAAAUGUAAGUUUGUAAUAUUGGUAUGAAACCAGCCAUGAAUUCUGUGGCACCUUAAAGGCAAAUCAAAGUACUAUGUUCUGAAUCUCCUUGAAUCUGAUAAAUGGGUGUUAGAUAACAGAAAUUCAGUCUCUAAGCUUUGUUGUUUACCAAGUUGCUCUUUAAAAUGUCUGAAACCUCUUUAUUCACCUUGUCUCCCAGCUCUGAUCCUUGAUCUAAUUUUGGUGGCAGCGGUGAAAGGAUUGGUAAAGCGAAGGCGGCCAGCUCACAACAAGAUGGACAUGUUUGCCACGGUGUCUGUGGACAGGUAUUCAUUUCCUUCAGGUCAUGCGACGAGAGCCGCCAUGGUCUGCAGAUUUAUUCUACAUCACCUUGUCCUGGCUGUCCCUCUGCGGGUGCUGGUGGUACUUUGGACCUUCAUAGUGGGAAUUUCCCGAGUCAUGCUAGGCAGGCACAAUGUAACAGAUGUGAUAUUUGGGCUAAUCAUGGGCUACAUGCAAUACAGCCUGGUGGAGUACUUCUGGUUGUCACCUGUCAGUGCUCCUGUUCUUUUUUCAUUGUGGAGUUGAUGGCCUUGUCUGCCUGAACACAAGCAAUAAAAAUGAAUAAAGCUUCAUAUGGUCAGCAAGAUAGAUGGGCAGGACCAGCAAGAUUCCUCUUCAGCGGGUGGGCGGGCUGCUUAGGUUCAUCUCAUAAGGGUUGUUUGGUGCCGCCUUGUUUUCUGAACGUGUUGCUGGGCUGGAGCAUGGACCAACCCAUGAAACUGCACAAACCAUCCCAUAGUAAAACUUCAUUUCCUUGUAAGAUUAGAAGCAAUACUGUUUACAUCAGGCAAUUAUUAUGUCAGAUGACUGACAGAUGAGUGGUCCCGCACACCUCUCAAAAUCGAUCCACAAGGGUGGAGAGAUAAAGGUCUGGCCCAGUAGGCCAAAAAGCUCCCACCCACGCUACCCCUCGCUGUAAACUGAUAAAGAUAAUAUGUCACAUAAACCUCUGUAUUCCAAGUAAGUGGUAGAUAUGAUUUUGUGCUAUAGGUGUCUGGUAGUUACUGUGUAAGCUGUACAUAUUCCAACUGGUAUUGAUAACUUGCUUUUGCAAUUGUCACAAUGGCUAUUUGGUUAUUCUAGCAUAUCUCAAAUUGUAUUCUGCCAAACGCUGGGGUUCAGCAAAGCAGCCCAAGAGAUUCCGCAGAGAAGACUGUAAUAAUAGUUGACAAGCAUGCACAAUGUGUGAUUUCGAUGGAGCUGCAGCCAUGGGGAUUAAACAUACCAAAGCAGUUGUCCUGGGAAUCCUUUCCCCUUAUUUCCUUCCCUUACCAUGCUUUCCACAGGCGGCAUGGACAGAAUGGCAUUGCUUCCUUGGCUUUCCAACCCUGUGCAUUGUUGAGAGUGACUGAGAGAGGGCAGCGUGCAGCUUGGUGCAGUGGGUGCAGCAGAGAAGCCAGUUUGCCACAGCCCACUGCCUGCCUCCUGCCCUCUCAGGUCUUAGUAACCAGCAGCAGUCUGCAGCAUUAGGAAGCCAGGAGAGCAAUGCUGGUCUUUCACGUUUCUGCUUGUCCUGCUGCUUUUCCCCAGGAAACCCUGCUGUUUGCUGCUGAAUCAGAACAAACGUCAGUCAUUUUUUUCUGUGGAUUGAUGAUUGUCCAAUUCAGUGGUAAAUGGUGGGUUUUCCAGGGAAAGCAGCAGGGCAAAUGAGAACCUCAGACCCGUGCUUUCUAAGCACAGAACAAGUGGAAGUGGACGAGCCCUGAGUGUGAUGGUAUAUUCUCAAGACUGAAGUGCCUUUGUGCUAUUCUAAUGGCAGGAAGUAAAUGGAAAUGGGUUCUAGGAACAUUGCUUACUCAAACUGUACUUAAUACAGACAUGGUCCCACCUGAACAAUCAAACAGCUUUAUGGAGGGACAGACUUUUUGCAGGACAAGAAUAUGGCUGAAGAACCCAGCACUUCAUGUUUUGCUUUUCAAAACUCGAACUUUGUGGUAGGAAGGUAGGACUUCAAUGCAGCUUUAAAUAAGACUGCUUUCUUAACUCUACAAUAUUAAUCAGAAGCUGAUGUUAAUCCAGGCAUUUGUUGCAGUGUUUGCCUGCUGUGAGAGUCUUAUCAUAAUUUUUAGUAUAUUCAGUCCUAAAUGCAGCCUUGUAAGAGAAACUGUGAUAUCCAGCCUUUUAUCUGACUCCCACCUCAUGAACUGUAGCUCAAGCUAUGGUAUAGCUCAGGUGUGGCAAACCUGUUUUGGCCUGAGCUCCACAUUCACCCUUGGCCAAUACUUGGGAAUUGAACUGUACUAAACAUACAGACUACACACCAUAGACAGAUCAGCUGAGGAAGCAGGUUAUUGUCUUCUCCCCACUCUCUAGAUCAUUACUCUAAUGGGCAGGGAAGAGACCAUUUGCUUCCUUCUUGUAGUGCAGAGAUGGGCAGAGAGGUUUAAAACUCACUGCCUGGUACCUCAAAAGGGGUGAAAAUGGCUCUGCCCCAUUUUUACUUGGCACAGGGUUUUUUUUCACCAGAGGAGCUGUGUAACAUUGGGUUGAGGGGUUAGCAAGUCCCUGGGGAAGGCUUGGAAGGCUGGAUCCAGCUCAAGGACAGGCAGAUCACUGCAACUGAUAUAGCUGAAUCAAGCGCAAUAAAGUAUAUUUGGCAAACACAUUUUUUUGCUCAAUGCACCAGCACCCCAUUGUGUUUGAUCUGGAGUUCAUUCUGUGUGUUUGCAGCCAGUUUAGAAACCUUGACAAGUAAUUUAAAAAAACAAACAAACCAGCAGUAGUGUUAGUCACCAAACUGUUAACUUUGGAAUUCAAAAGUGUCUUAUGUAAGCCUACCUUCAUCAGUCUAGAAAUUAGUUUUGUUGUUGUUGCAAAGUUACUUGAAACAAAUCCUAUAUAAGUUUACAGUGUUUUCACUAGCCUUCUGUUUCACUUUUGUGCCAUUCUGUUUUAAAAGUGGAUUUUCUGUAUAAGAACAUAAAACAAGCCUGCCAAGGGCUCAUCUAGUCCAGCAUCAUGUUUUCACAGUGGCCGGCCAUAUGCCUGUGAGAAGACGGCGAGCUGGAUAUGAGCACCACAGCACUCUGCCCACCUGUGGUUCCCAGCAGUUCUGUCUACGAUGCACAUUGUACUCUUACUCUGUUCGGUUGUAAUUCUCCAUGCUCGCUGGGCAUUCGACUCUGAAACUAUUGUGAGUUGUUGCUAAACGCUAGUUUUCCUGGAGCAUAGAUCAAUAAAAUAUUAUCCUUGUCUGUGCCUUUCCAUGACUUAACCUUGUGUUUUGCCAAAUGCAAGUGUUCUUUUGGAUUCAGUGGCAAUAAGAACAUCAGUGGAGAGAACUUCAGUGCUUUUAUGAAGUAGCAGACUUCAUGCAUAAUAAAAAGCAGUGAAAUAGCCUGUAAGCAGAAUAAUGCAACAUAAGCAAGAUUAGACUUGCCCACUGGGGGCUGCAAACAAAGAUGCCAAUAUGUAGCAUCUAUCCAGUCAGGGCCCACAUCAAGACACGUUGGUCAGGCUCCAUCUGUCUGGGAGACUGAUAGACUUCAGACUCGCAGUGGCUACAUGCUGGCUGUCCUGAUACCUAAAUUACUCCCACUUGUCAGGGAAGAUGGGCCCAUAGCCAGGGGCUAGCAGACUUAAUUCUGCAGCUGUGCAACUGCUGUCAAGCGCUCAGCCUCUAGCAGACCCACGAAGGGAUCUUCCCACAUCCUACCAACACUUAUCCCUGAAGCACAAAUAAUAAACCAGUAACAUAAAGCAAUCCAAAAACACUUUAAAGGUAAAGGGACCCCUGACCAUUAGGUCCAGUCAUGGCCGACUCUGAGGUUGCGGUGCUCAUCUCGCUUUAUUGGCCGAGGGAGCCGGCGUACAGCUUCCAGGUCACGUGGCCAGCAUGACUAAGCCACUUCUGGCGAACCAGAGCAGCACACGGAAAUGCCGUUUACCUUCCUGCCGGAGCGGUACCUAUUUAUCUACUUGCACUUGGACGUGCUUUCGAACUGCUAGGUUGGCAGGAGCAGGGACCGAGCAACGGGAGCUCACCCCGUUGCGGGGAUUCGAACCACUGACCAUCUGAUCAGCAAGUCCUGGGCGCUGUGGUUUUAAUGGCGUCCCAUUAGAAACGUGGGGUUUUUUUAUUGACACAUCCUAGAAACACUUUAGGAUGUGUGAAUAAGCAUGCCCAACCUAUUUCAUCAAAAGUUGUUCUGCAGUUGGAAUGCCCUGCCCUUGCCUCAUGAAGGCCAUUAAUAUUUACUGUCAAUGGCAUAUUCAUGAGAAAACAUGUCACUUCCACUUUAGUAAAAGCUCAGCUUGGCAGGUCUUAUGAGUUUAAGUAAAUUUCAGACUGUUCAGUAAGUUAUUGUACAAGUGCAGGGUAGUGCUCAUAUUGUGUGUUUGGUAUUGUUGCAGUUGGAGAAUAUUACAAACCAUGUAUAUGUAUUUAUAGUCUGUAAAGUAUAACGGGUUGCCAGAUGAUAAUACUGCGACGGUGAUUCUCUGAUUGCCUUUGUCUUCUAGUGUGUACAUGUUUUAACAGCUUUUGCUGGCAAAUUUAGCCACACUGUAGAUCUUAGAGGUACAGUGGUACCUCGUGUUACGUACCGUCCCCUUUACGAAUGCUGUGGGUUACAUGCUCUGCUAACCCAGAAGUAGAUGCCCCUUGUUGCGACCUUUGCCCUGGGAUGUGAGUGGAAGUUGCGUGCUGGUGGCGCAGCAGUGGGAGGCACCAUUAGAGAAAGCAUGCCUCAUGUUACAAGUGGUUUCCUGUUACGAACGGACCUCCAGAACAGAUUAGGUAGUAACACGAGGUACCACUGUACCACUUAAAAUGUAGCAGACAGUUGCUCUUUCUGGCAUUAGCUUUCAUUGUGGUUUUUAACUACUGGAUGGUGUGUUCAGUUACAUGCUGCACUUUUUUCCUGUACUGUAUCAAGUACAACUGGGCUUCAUAUCUCCCUUUCAUAUUAAAAUGUUGAGUAUUUACUCCAAUGUUUUUCUGGUUCUUUCAGUAUAUACUUCAUAUAUACGUACAUACAUCUGCAACAGCCAGGAGCAAUAAGUAGAGCAACUGAGUGGGGUCAUUGCCUUUGUCCCUGCUACUUCCUUUCUGGGCUUCCUUUUGUUCCCUCCUUCCAUGAAAGUGGGGCAAUGAGUCAAAUGUCACGGUGUUUAACAGGAAUUGUUUUUGUUUCAAAUUUAUACCCCACCUUUCUUCCAACCAGAACUUUCCCCCUUGUUUUUCCUCAUUGGGAAGAUGUUUUAAAUCAUUGGGACAUGGGUGGCGCUGUGGUCUAAACCACUGAACCUCUUGGGCUUGCUGAUUGGAAGGUUGGUGGUUUGAAUCUGCCUGAGGGGGUAAGCUCCCGUUGCUCUGUCCAGGCUUCUGCCAACCUAGCAGUUCAAAAGCAUACCAGUGAAAGUAGAUAGGUAGGUACUGCUCCGGCACGAAGGUAAACGGCGUUUCUGUGUGCUGCUCUGGUUCACCAGAAGCAGCUUAGUCCUGCUGGCCACAUGAUCCGGAAGCUGUCUGCGGACAAAUGCCGGCUCCCUCGGCCUGAAAAGUGAGAUGACCUUCGCACCCCAUAGUCACCUUUCACUGGACUUAACCGUCCAGGGGUCCCUUACCUUACCUUUACAAUCAUGUAUUUGCACAUAGGCAGAUCCUAGAGUAACCCAGUCCACCCUUCCUAUGUCACCUUUGUCUACAGUCUUCCGAACUGCAGGAUAUGUAGAUUACCUGAACACCAGUGAAGAUGUGAGGGUGAAAAGGUGUUUUUCACAAAUUGUGUAUGAAUAGAUAAUAUUAAAGGUAUUCUUUCAAUACAGUUGGUUUCAAGCUCCCCAGACUAUCAAACAACAACAUGCAUUCUCCUAAUGUUCAGGUAUAUGCUGAAUCUCUUACAGAAUAUACAGUAUGUGAUUUAGUAAGAUGUUUUUAAGUCACAGGAAUAGUCUGUGAGAACCAAAUGCGAUCUUAUUUUAUAAUUGCUUAUAUAUUUAGUAUGUUUGAUGGGUCUGAAUGCAGUUAUGAAUGGAUAUGAAUGGCUGAAGUAUGAAUGAGAACCAGAGGGUCGGGUUCUGAAGAACCAAGGAUAAAGAUAUCACUGAAUUACAGAUAUAGAACUGAUUGAAUUAAUUACUUUCCAAAGGAUUAUUGAAGGUGGGAAACGGGAUGGAUAAAAAUGGACUGAGGAAGAACCAUUAUCAGACUUUUAAAAUAGGAUGGACGGAAAUGGACUGAGAGAAUGAACCAAACUCUUGAAUACAGUGGUGCCUCGCAAGACGAAAUUAAUCCGUUCCGCGAGUGUCUUCGUCUAGCGGUUUUUUCGUCUUGCGAAGCAACCCUAUUAGCGGCUUAACGGAUUAGCGCGAUUAGCGGUUUAGCGGCUAUUAAAGGCUUAAAGGCUUAGCGGAUUAGCUGCUAAAAGGCUAUUAAAGGCUUAGCAGCUUAGAUAAAGGGGGGGGGGAAGUGAAAAAAAAAUCUCAAGACUCGCAAGACAUUUUCGUCUUGCGAAGCAAGCCCAUAGGGGAAUUCGUCCUGCGAAGCAACUCCAAAACGGAAAACCCUUUCGUCUAGCGGUUUUUCCGUCUUGCGAGGCAUUCGUCUUGCGGGGCACCACUGUAUUGAAUAGAUUGAUGAACAGUGAACCAGUUUCUGGACUGUGUAAGACAGGGUGAGCAGUAUGACAACAUGUCUGGAUGAAAUAAUGGACAACCUGAGAACUAAAAAUAUGAUUAAGACAAAUUGAAAUACAGUGGUACCUCGGGUUAAGUACUUAAUUCGUUCCGGAGGUCCGUUAUUAACCUGAAACUGUGCUUAACCUGAAGCACCACUUUAGCUAAUGGGGCCUCUCGCUGCUGCCACGCCACCGGAGCACAAUUUCUGUUCUCAUCCUGAAGCAAAGUUCUUAACCUGAAGCACUAUUUCUGAGUUAGCAGAGUCAGUAACCUGAAGCGUAUGUAACCUGAAGCAUAUGUAACCUGAAGCAUAUGUAACCUGAGGUACCACUGUACUUUAUUGUCACUUGUACAACUUGUAUACAGUGAGAUUACACGAGCACCCCCCACUCAGCUCACUUAGUCUUAAUUCCCCUUGUUUACUGACGCACACCUACCAGCCCCAAAAGUCAGUUGCUCUGUUGUUAUCUUUUCAUUCAGCAGCCUAACAGCCCACGGAUAGAAGCUGUUCUUUACCCUGCUGGUGCAACUAAUCACGCUUCUAUAUCUUCUGCCUGAGGGCAGGUUUCCUCACUCUCCUGAGGCAACGUUCUUCUGCUAUUUCAUCCAGCAGAUUCACAGGACAGCCCAUAAUAUCUUGUGCUGCAUUCACCACCGUCUGUAGACACUUCCUAUCAGUUGAUUUCAAACCAGCAUAUCACACCGUGAUGCAGUAUGAAAGGACGCUUUCUAUCGUGGACCGGUAGAAGGAGAUCAUCAAAUGUUGAUUGACAUUGUUCUUCUGCAAUACUCUGAGGAGAUGGAGUUUCUGUUGGGCUUUCUUAACCACCUGGGUUGUAUUUAUUUUCCAAUUAAAGUCUUCACUGAGAUAAACUCCCAGGAAUUUAAAGGAAGAGACUCUCUCCACACAGCCCUCCCCGAUGUACAGCGGGGCUAGUUCUCUUCUCUUCCUCCGAAAGUCCAACACCAUCUCCUUUGUCUUGCUGAUAUUAAGGUGCAAGUUGUUCCCUAGGCACUAUGUAGAUAUUUUUUGGACCUCCCCUCUAUAUGCUGAUUCGUCUCCACCUGUUAUUAACAAAUGACUGUUCUUGAAAGAAAUGACUGUUCUUAAAGAAGACAUGUUGGAAGAAACAUAUUAUUCAUAAGGACGGUGACAACACGGUGGAAACUAGACUGUUUGAAACAUGCUAUUCAUAUCUAUCUAAGGAAUCAAACAUGUCGGAAACCAGACUGUUUUCAGCUAUACCUAUUCAUGUCUAUUUGAGGAAUAAUCAUGACAACGGCUAUCACUUGGUCCAACCCCCUUCAAUACAAGACAAUGUAGCCAUAUGGAAACUGAGCCUAUAUAAGAAGCUGGAAAGCCUUGGGAACUUUGCGUGCUGUCCUACCUGCAGGAGGAUGCCGUCCGAUGGCCCUUAGAAGAGACUGGCCAUCUCUUCUAGUGGGUCCAACCAUCUGGUAGGUAUGUGUGUAUGAAUGAAUGAAUGAGUGAUGAAUGAUUGAGUCCUUAUUGGUUAUUACUUGUUAAUCAAUAAAGGAUUGUGAUCUGAAGAGAAUUGUGUCAUUUUGUCUUUCUUGAAAAUGCUCUGAUAAAGGUAAAAUAACUCUUUUCAUGACAAAGAGACAGGAUUAUUGGGCAUUAGUGAAUAUUAGAAUAAUGCAGAAGCUUGAGAGGUUUCUACAUCAGUCAGAUGAACUCUCCGUAUUCCUAUUCCUGACAAAAGCAUAUUUGUACUCUACAGGAUCUAUUUCACCUAUUUUUCUGGUUGAAGUAAAUGAACAAGGCAAGUAGGCUUCCAUCCUGAUGCAAACCUUACAUAGAAAGGCCAGAUAUAUGCGCUAUUGUAGCAGUGCAAGUCACUGUUAUGGUGGCUGACAAAAUAUCCUAUACAUGUCUACUUGGAUGUAAGCCCCAUUGACCCCAAGAUGAGUGUGCGCAGGGUUGCAGCCUAGGUAAUCCAAAACAGAACACAUCUAUGGCCAUUGAAAAUGUUUUUGAAGGGAAAAUGCCCCUUUGGCUUCAAAUCCCUGCUUGGAGAAGCUUUGAAUUCUGAAAUGAUUAUCUGUAUUCCUUUCUCCAUUGGCACAGCUGCCACAGCAUGCAAAUCCUCUCCUGUGCCGAAGAUGCACUUAUGAGUUGAAGCUGCUGAUGAAGUAUUUCUCCAUCAGCACAGAACAGGUUGCUCCUGAACAAAUGCGUAUUUAGUCAGGUAGGGAUUUGCUCAUAAUUGGUGCUUGUGCACUUCUCACAACUGUGUUUCCAAAAGCAUGAGAUCAUGUUAGUUAUCCAUAAACUACAUUCUGACAUAUCACAGUGGUUGUGUGAAUUGCCCCAAACCGUAUUAAAUAUUUUUCAGCAUUUUGUGAAUGUUCUUACCUUAAUCUGUGCUGAUAAAGCCCACCCAUUCACUCCUUGUGAAGCAAGCGGGUGAGGCAAGCCUUGGGGCAGUGUAGCCUCAGCCAGAGUGAACGGCGUUAGCAUUUCUUUCAUGUAAAGCACUUGAAUUCUACACUUCAGCCCCCCUCUCCCCGGAGCAGCUCGAGAGCUCCUUCCGCUCUUGAGCAAUGGCCGCUUCCCGCCUCCCUGGCGCUGGGGCGGGCGGGCAGCGCCCUUUGUUCCCGGCGCGCCUCCCGCCCUCGGAGGGGAGCUUCGCCCACACGGGAGCCUUUCUGAGGAGAGCCCAGAAACCCCGACGCUUUUCCACAUCGUGGAGCUGAAAGGUUUCAGGUCUAAAAAGUGAGGUUUGUGAAACAGGAAAGAAAAAAGGGAACGUGCUAGCAGCGACCUUAAUAAAUUUUCGAGCACGACCCGGAAAACUCACCUGAAAAAUAGGUAACCUCUUUUGUCUCAGUUGGGCAGGAUUUCAUUGAAUACAUUAAAAAAGAAAAAUUACACUUGCCUCUUCUGCAGGCCUCUCAGUUUGGGCUAAGUAGCAUCGAUUUGGUUGGGGAAAAUUCCUGGUGUUAAAAAGAGCCAUUUAUUCUUGGUACUCCUUGUGCCUUUGACGGCUCAGCUCUGGACUUGUGUUUCUGUGCAAGCUUCAAGCCAUGGGCCCCACUUCCGGGUCUCUCAUUUUCCAUGACGGUGCUCUCCUCUUACCACCUCCUCUGUGUCUUAUCACAAAUAUCCAGAUAACCAGCUUUAUCAUUUUUUCUUGUGAAUGUAACAUCUCAUGCCAGCCUUGGUUUGGUUUGGUUUUUAUGUGUUUUAUCUCAUGAAAUUUCAUUUUGUUAUUUGGAUUCUAUGGAUAAAAUUCAUGGACAUAGCUAAGGGGGGGGGCAGCUUUCCCCUACAAUCAAGUAAAUUAAUAAAAAUAUUUAACUAACUGAGGUUCUGGCACCCCAACAUGAAGCCUGCCCCCCACAACAGAAAUCUUGAUAACAUUUAAUAAAAAUACUUAAAAAAAAAGAAAAAACAGAUUGCGGUGGGGGACUUCAAUAUAUGCCCAGAAGCAGCUUAUUAUGAGGAAAUGCUGUGGCAUAAAGUGUUUCAGUAAACUCUCAGUUGCUGAAAACACAAUUCAGGUUGUCACUUCUGCUGCCUUCUAAACUGAAAGAAACUGCAUUUACCACAAACUGUUUUGUAGCUCAUGGCUGGCUAUUUUUCUUUCCUACUCCUUGAGAGCAAGUGUGGCAUAAUGGUUAGAAUGCUUGCUGUGACCACACCUGAAAUACUGUGUCCAAUUCUGGGCACCAAUUUAAGGAGGAUGUUGACAAACUAGAAGGUGUGCAGAGGAUGAUCCAAGGUCUGGAAACCAAGUUAUGAGGAAUGGUCAAGGGAGUUGGAUAUGUUUAGCCUGCUAAGUUCUUUCUUGACUUAAGCAUUUAUUCAUUUACUAAGCCUUAGUACAUCAAAAUCUUGAGGGAGAAUUUCCUGAAGAAAGAAAUUAAACAUUGUAGCUUAAGCCAAGAAGAAAUGUAACAUAUAGACUUGAAUGUUUAUAAAUAUAUCAAAACUGUAAGAGAGAAUUUACUGAAGAAGCCCGAGACUCUUAAUGGGCGUAACAGGUGACAAACGCCGGCACCCUGUCUAAUUAUUGUGCGUAACAUCACCGACAGUUCGUUUGAUCAAACUUAUCUUCGUUGAUAUCUAACCCUUGAGCGCAACAUUGCUGACACUUCAUUUGAUCAAACUUACUUUUGUUUAUAUCUACAGGAGCCUGGCUAAAGGACCUUUAAAGACUGAAUCUUCCUUUUGGACACAAUUUGAAUGAGUUUUCUGUUUGUGGCUUCUGUAGUAGAUCUUGUACAUUGUUCUCUCAAGUUUUGGAUUAUUAAUAUAAGUUUUAGAACGUAGAAUGGUUUGGUAGUGUUUUGUGUGCUGCUUAUGUGCUGCUUACUUUAUACUGGUCUACUACCAACUUUGAGAAGGAGCGGAGAGGGCUCUAGGACCCUGCCAGAGCCCUCAUACCUGCUUCCCAAAGCCUGGUGUCUCCCCUACCUGGCUUUGGGAAGGCGGCUUUGGGCUGGAGAGGGUGUCAAAUUUUGGCCUCACACAGGACGCAAUAUUACCCAGGUCCACCCCGAUGACUGCCAUGUGUCUUCCUCAGCCUGGCAGCAGACCGGCUUCCCAGUGCCCUGAUCCUGCCCACCUGCCUUGCUUACCUGGACUAUGGCUGUUAUCAAGGAGACAGAGCAGUGACCUAUUUUCACCUAAUCUUGUCACGGUGAGUUUUUGCUCCUGGACUCUCACUUCUGUGCAUUGCACGUCAACACAUUCUUUAGCAUUCCUAAAAUUAUAGAAUCACAGGGACUCAUGGGUCAUCUGCGCUAACCCCCUGCAAGGCAGGAAUCUCAAAGCAACCCAGAGCUAUAAAAUAACCUUUCAUACAAUCUUUAUCUAGGGUGUGUUUACUGAGAUUGCUGGAUUGUUGAGCUCAAAGGUUAAAAGUUACCUGACUGCUUUACCCUUUGCUAUUGCAAAUGCAACCAGCACAACUUCCACAUCCCAGAGAUCUUUCCCCAUUGUCAUGUGAAGAAGAAUCGUAAAUGGAAGCAUUUGGGAAGCCUGCCAAGCCAUGUGAUGUUGUUUCUCAACACUGUAGACCUUGUUUCUCAGUUACUGUUUUUGGCCAUGGAAAAAGACUGCUAAAUAUUUUCAAACCCAUGUCUUUCCUGCCAAGAUUUGCUUCCCUCCGUCCAAUUGGAGCAAACAGCUGGGAGGGACUGUUGCUCAAUGACACCCUUUAAAAGCUCUCUUCUCUCCACUCCAAGAAGAAUUUCAGAGUGGAAGAGGUGGACUAGGCAGCACGGUGAAUCCUUGGGCCAUUGCCUCAUCACAUCUGCAGUCUUCACAGGUCUGUUGUAUAGCUUUCAGUCUGCAAAUAUUAAGUUGUUGUCAGGUAUACCAGUUACAGUUGUUUAGGGCAGGUGAAUGUCAUAUUUCUAGUCAUCAGAAGGUAUCAGGGUCUUUGUAAAGGACAGACUUGAAGGAUAAAAUGGCAUAUGAAAUGUUGAAAGGGAUCUGGACGAGUUUAACAGAGCACACCUGCUGGUUUCACUGGAGUAAAAGCACAGGAACUUACGAAGAAGCAAGAACAACUAAAAUAGCUUACUUUCAAAAAUGAAUGUGAGGAAUGGAGAAGACCAAAUCACUAAGGAAUUAGUGUCAGGAUAUCCUCUUUAAUAAGUUUCCUAAGUGUAAUAUCCCGUUAUGAAAUCACUGGUUUUUUAUUGAAAGGAAUAACUGAGUAUUGCUUUUACCCAGGCAUAGGCAAACUCAGCCCUCAGAUGUUUUGGGACUACAAUUCCCAUAAUCACUGGCCACUGGUCCUGUUAGCCAGGGAUGAUCGGAGUUGUAGUCCCAAAACAUCUUGGAGGGACGAGUCUGCCUGUGCCUGCUUUUACCUAUAUUACAAUUUCUAGAGGAGUGCAUAGAAUGUUCUACAAUCUUGUGAGGUAGGUUAUUAAAAUUUUGCUAAUAAAAAAGGGAGGAUGAGAAAGUAUAGUUUCUUCCCCGUCACUUAGUGGCAGAGGUGGUUUGUAAACCCACUGGAUCCAUCCCUCUUAGUUGUAGAGAGUUUCUCUCUAGACCGUUCCAUGAUUUGCUUCUCUUGCAAGAAAAUAUGGCCUGGACGUUAACCAAACCAUCUGCAUAGAGACAAGGCAUGCAAAGGUCUGGCUGGAAUCCAUACUGCAGAAUGAAUUAUACAGCCUGGGGCUAAAAGAUAACAGCUUGUCAAAGCCAUGGCGGUUGAGCUCACAGUGGAGGGUGAGAUUUGAGCUGGGGCUUCUGGCUCAUAGUUGAAGAAGCUCCGUUGUUAUGAAUAUCAGGACACAGGUGUAACUUUUCAUUUACCAAAAGUGAGGUACCUUGGUUGAGGGCUCCUCUUCCAGGCAGCACCUGAGGUGAUGCAUGGAGGCUGGCCAUAAUAAAAAAAAGAACAUGUCUGAAGGCCCACUUGCUAUAACUUUACAUGUUUAUGGACCUAGUCAGUUCUGAGACCUGGUGAAUUAUGGCAAAAAGCCAUAGUCUGACAGAGGCAUCAUUUAUGCUAAUCAUAGAAUCAGAAUUGUGGUCAGAAGGGACCCCAAGGGUCAUCUAGUCCAACCCCCUGCAAUGCAGGAAUCUCAGCUGAAGCAUCUCUGACAGAUGGUCAUCCAACCUCUGCUUAAAAACCUCCGAGGCAUGGGUGGUGGAAAGGGGAAAGUUGCCACCCAGAACUGUUAACAAGGGUCGCCAUAAACGCCCAGAGCUAUGAGAAAAGGUCCUCCUGCUUCUUCACUUCUAGACCUACUUUCCAGAAUAUGGAGUAACAUUGUGGGACAUUUAUUGGAUCUGGGAGAACAGGGUAAAAGCCACGGCUUGGCCCUCAAGUGAGGCCUUUGGCCAGUCAUUGUCUCUCAGCCUCACCUACCUCACAGGGUCAUUGUGAGGAUAACAUGGGAAAUGGGAAACCAGGAGGGCCACCUUGAGCACUUUGGAGGAAAGGUGGGGUAUAAGGGGAAAGGAGUCAUAGAAUCAUAGAAUUGUAACGUAGGAGGGGAUCCCAAGCAGCUCAGCUGGUCCAACCCUCUGUGAUGCAGGCAUCUCAACUACAGCAUCCCUGACAGAUGGCCAUCCAACCUCUGCAUAAAAACCUCUAAGGAAGGAGAGCCCACAACCUCUCAAGGGAGACUGUCCCACUGCCAAACAGCUCUUACUGUCAAAAAGUUUUUCCAGAUGUUUAGUUGGAAUCUCCUUGCUUGUCAGUUGAAGCCAUUGCCUUGAGUCCUACCCUCCAGAGCAGGAGAAAACAAGCUUGCUCCCCCUUCCAUGUGACAGCCCUUAAGAUAUUUGAAAAUGACUAUCAUAUCUCCUGUCAGUCUCUAUCAUCUUGGUUGCCCCCCUCUGCACAUGUUUCAGCUUGUCACCAUCCUUCUUAGAUUGUGGUGCCCAGAAUUGGACAGAGUAUUCCAGGUGUGGUCUGACCAAGGCAGAAUCGAGUGGUACUAUUACUUCCCUUGAUCUGGAUACUAGACAUCUGUUGAUGCAGCCUAGAAUAGUGUUAGCCUUUUUUGCUGCUUCAUCACACUGUGGACUCAUGUGAAGCUUGUGGUCUACCCUAAACCCUUUUCACAUGAACUGCUAGUAAGCCAGGUGUCUCCCAUGUUAUAUUUGUGCAUCUGGUUCUUUCUGCCUAAGUGUAGAACCUGACAUUUCUCCCUAUUGACAUUCAUUUUGUUAGCGUGCACCCAGUUCUCCAAUCUGUUAAGAUCAUUUUGAAUUCCGAUUCUGUCUUCUGCAGCAUUGGCUACUCCUCCCAGUUUUGACCUUGACAGAUUAGAGAACUGGGCCAAAACAAAUAAGAUGAAUUUUAACAGGGAGAAAUGUAAAGUAUUGCACUUGGGCAAAAAAAAUGAGAGGCACAAAUACAAGAUGGGGGACACCUGGCUUGAGAGCAGUACAUGUGAAAAGGAUCUAGGAGUCUUGGUUGACCACAAACUUGACAUGAGCCAACAGGGUGACGUGGCAGCUAAAAAAGCCAAUGCAAUUCUGGGCUGCAUCAAUAGGAGUAUAGCAUCUAGAUCAAGGGAAGUAAUAGUGCCACUGUAUUCUGCUCUGGUCAGACCUCACCUGGAGUACUGUGUCCAGUUCUGGGCACCACAGUUCAAGAAGGACACUGACAAACUGGAACGUAUCCAGAGGAGGGCAACCAAAAUGGUCAAAGGCCUGGAAACGAUGCUUUAUGAGGAACGGCUAAGGGAGCUGGGCAUGUUUAGCCUGGAGAAGAGAAGGUUAAGGGGUGAUAUGAUAGCCAUGUUCAAAUAUAUAAAAGGAUGUCACAUAGAGGGAGAAAGGUUGUUUUCUGCUGCUCCAGAGAAGCGGACACGGAGCAAUGGAUCCAAACUACAAGAAAGAAGAUUCCACCUAAACAUUAGGAAGAACUUCCUGACAGUAAGAGCUGUUCGACAGUGGAAUUUGCUGCCAAGGAGUGUGGUGGAGUCUCCUUCUUUGGAGGUCUUUAAGCAGAGGCUUGACAACCAUAUGUCAGGAGUGCUCUGAUGUUGUUUCCUGCUUGGCAGGGGGUUGGACUCGAUGGCCCUUGUGGUCUCUUCCAACUCUAUGAUUCUAUGAUGUCAUCUGCAGAUUUGAGGAGCAUUCCCUCAAUUCCUUCAUCCAAGUCACUUAUAAAGACAUUGAACAACAAUGAGCCCAAGACAGAACGCUGUGACACCCCACUUGUCACUUUUCCCCAGGAUGAUGAGGAAUCUUUAAUGAGUACUAACAAUUUCCCUCUUAAACACACGUUUUACCUUUUGAAACAUGGUAAAAAUAUGGCUGCUGAAAGACCUUUCUGAUGGGGAAAGUCAACAAGAGAAAAUGACAUCAAUGACUACCUUUGGUAUCUUGCCUGCAGGGGAAUUUUGUGGCUUCCUAGUGCAGAAAUUGUUGCUGGUUUGAACUAGAAGAGAAAUAAAGUAAAGCUUAUCUUCACUGAGGGAGGUGUUCAGAGGUCAUGGAUGUAUUUAUUUUGUGGACGUGCUGGUCAGACCUGCCUGGUUGAAAUAAUUAUCUCUCGAAGUGCCAUGGGGAAGGUUCAGAGAUCCAGGUGAUAAGUCAGCUAGUGCCUGAAAUGGAUAUUCAUCACUGUUUAGUGCUGUCGGCAUACUUUGCCUGUCAUGAAAGAAGGAACGUGUUGGGCAACAACAAAUGGGAUUAAAUCAGUCAUAGUGUUGUUGAAAGAGCAUGACAUAUGCACACACCAGCUAAGACCCAGAUAAGUCACCAGAUAAGACACCAUAUGAUUCUAUCAUUCUGUGAUUCUAAGACCAGGAUGGAGAGGGUACUUCUGAUCCCUCCCCAUGAGACGCUCAGGGAGACUGGCAUGCACAGCCCCCUACAAUUCCCCUGGCAUGGUUACUGGCAAACCUGAGCUACACUUGGUGGGUCGUGCGGUGGGGGGGGGGGGAGGCCAAGGGGCUCCCUCCCAUAGGAACCACUUAAAAAAAAAAUUAUUGAGAAUUUUAAGAUUACAAAGAAACAAAGAAAAAACAAGUAACAUUUAAACAAUACGAAUCAAUAAAAAAAAAACAAAAAGAGAAAAAAACAAAACACAUAAUGCAUCAAAAUCAAAAAACAAAAAUAGACAAAAAAUUUAAAAACAAAUCCAAUAUUCCCAAAUCAUUAACUGUCAUUACCUUCUUUCAUCGACCUCCUCAUACCUCCCUUUUUUGUAUUCUAGUUGUUAAUUAUCUCAGCAAAUCCUUUCCAUCUUUCAUAAUAUUCUGUCAUUAAAUUACCUUAAUCUAUUUUAAGGGUUAGGGUUAGGGUUACCAUAAAAGGCCCUAAAACUUAAAACUUAAAUCUUAUUUAUACCAAAUUCUCUUAACCAUGACAUAUUCUUACAUAAUUCUUUUUAACAUUUCUGCUAAAGCCAAAUAAUUUCAUUCCAACAUUUUUCUAAUACUCUUUACUUUUACAAACUUUUCCUAAAUAAAUUGUUUAAAACUUUCUUCGAAUCUUCAUCCAGCGUUUCUUUCUCCUGGUCUCGGGUUUUGUCAGUCCUUUCUAUCCCAUCCAUCUUGUCCAUCAACCUGGUAACCUUAUAUCCGAGGCCCUUGGAUCUCUUCCAUGUCCCAUCCGCAGAUCUUCUUCAUAUUUAUACCUGUGCUUUACUUUGUCUUCUUCUCCUUUCACUCGGGGAGACGCCAGCUUGACAGUGUUUUUGUCCCUUCUCGACAGAUCAGCCCCUUUUCCAAAGUCAACACUGAACUCCAUGUGGUAUUUAAAAACAUGUUUCAAAGUCCCUCCAAAGUUAAGGGCCCGCACAACCCCGGACGCCUCCCAGCCCAAAGCCAGACUUGAAAGGUCAAAACAUCCCUGCAUAGGGGGGUCUAUCCAGCCCCCCAUCUCCAAACCAAACAGAACUCUGUCUCUCCAAAUCUGGCUUUCUCCAGGUUCAUUCAUCAAGUCCAACAACUCAUGUUCCUGCUGGGCCGCAGUUCCCUCCAUCUCUGCCUCACUAGGUCCAGCAACAGCCUCCUCCCUCAUCUGAUCUGUCAAAGCACACUCCUGAGUUAACUCCUGAGUGGGUUCUAUAUAAGUACCCACUGCCUGUCCAAAAUUUCCGAUCCCAACAGUCAUCAAAUCCAUCUUCUCAUGUAACUGUUCCAAUAAAGCACUUGUCUUACAAAAGGCCAACACCAGAGCCUCCGAAUACAUUGUUGUUGAAGGUCAGAGUCUGUUCCCACGAUCUUAAUCUAUUGCAGCUUCAAAGCUCCCCAGUUCGAAUUUAAUAACAGUUUCACAAGCUCCCUCUAGGGGAAAAAACUUCUAUUUUAUCCAUCUCUCUCCUUUUUUUUUUUUUAAGCAAAUCUAACAACAAAGUUUCCUUUUUCAGAUAUUUUGUCAAUAUUUUGUUCCUUUUAGAUGCGAAGGGGAACAAUGGAAUCAAUAUGUUUCUCUUCUUUUAACUUCUUUUAACAUCUGUCCUGACACCCCGCUCCCAGGUUCAGGACGGUGGAGAAUUGCUUUUCUUUACUUGUCUUCUGCAAGUUUAAUCAGUCCAGAAAAAGUUCCCCCCUCUUCUCCUGCUUCCAAGGGGGGGUUCAGUAAUUUUAAAUGAUGAAAAUUGAUCCUUUACAACGAUUUUCUAAGCUCUAGCUUGCCGUGUCUUUGCUUCAAUCUAUUUACAAAAAGCGGAAGGCAGACUUCCUGUUUAGACCUUCCCGCUUCAGUGCCAAAUUAAAGGAAAUUUCCUAUUCCAAUUUUCCGUUCUACUCACGGACAGUUAUUUAAGCUCCAAUUGUCCACAGGAAAAAGUCAGUGCUCUCCGGCAACAGCAAUGCGGCUUCACUCCGUGAAAGAAGCAGGCUUCUCCCGCCUGUGGUUUUUGAUGGGUCUCCGCCUCGCCGUGGCGGUUCAGACCCUGUUUUCCACGGAGCGGAUUCCUCCCGAUCGGAGGAAAUCCGCCAUUGCCAGAGGCGCCAACCCGGAAGUCCCCAUAGGAACCACUUUCAGCUUGCUGUGCAUGGCUUUCUUUCACAAUCCUGGGCAGAAGCCCCUAUUGAAAAGCCUCUCAAGCCUUGCAGGCAUCCUGAUAUCCCUUCCUUUCAUCUACGGUGAACCUCUUACGAUAUUGGUGCCCAUUUCCAUGACCCCACUGGCCCUUCUGCUAUAGGAAGGAGGCCCCCUGCUUCACCAGUAAGCCUUGAUGCCCCACCGUCAUGUUCAUCAAACAACAUUCAUAGGCAAAUAAUUCCUCCACACACACAAAAAACACACCAUGCAUUUCCCCAAGGUGGAUUCUUCCUAAGGCUUUCCCACAGUGACUGAAGCACAAAUGUUCUCCUGUUGGCCAAGGGACAACUGAGCCUCCAGGCUGCCAGGAACUGCACACAGAUCAGCUGUGAAAGCAUGAACACAAGGAACGGAGUCAGCACUAAAAAGUGGAUAUGAGUGUUGUAUUUAAGAUUCUUUACUGUGUUUAUCAUUUGCUCAACUCUCCACUGCACUCCUGCUGCUGGUGUUUGAAGUUGGGCACACAUGACAUCAGCCACAAUCCAUCCGUAUUCUGCAGCUUCCUGAGAAAAACCUACAUUUGACUCAUUUACCUUCACACCAGUGCAAUUUUCUCAUAGGCACACUUUGCAAACAAUUUUGACUAAUACAAUUCAUUUUGUAUGCUAUUUUUUAAAAUUUUAAUAUAUGGCUUUUAAUGUACACUUUUCCCUAAUAUAUGCAAUUUUGUUCCUCUUUUGGGUUGAAACCAAUUUCAAAGGAAAGGUGCAGAUCUGGUCAGGUAUUAUUUUGGGAAUUGCAAAACAAGUUCAGGGAGAUAUGUGUGCCUGGAUUAUUGAAGGUGCAAGAGUGUGAACUUUAUGGAAAUAAGUAUCUCUUUCUCCUCCUAGCCUAG